AAGGCUUGUGAGAUGAUUUUUGACGAUGGAAGUGAGCAUGGUGGUAUCUCUAGUGGCGAGGAAUCCGAAUUAGAUGGAAAACUGGAAAAUCCUAGCGCAGAAUCGAGCCAGAGUCUCUGGAUGUCUUGCCCAUGUCGUGACCGGAAGCGAGUUGUGUUACCUUUUAUGUUACGUGCAUGAACUGAUUGCGAAACGCGUGAUUGUUAUAUGAUAUGAUAUUGAAAAAAGAUAGAAUUACGGACAGAUAAGAUCGAUUGAGAAGAGAAUACCACGACGUGUACCGACAAAGUGAAAAAAUAUUAAAUCUGGUGAAAAUCUACAGACGUGAGAGUUUCCUUUGUUGGCGACCACCAUUUCCCGACAAAAGUGGCGACCCUGCCAGGACACGGCUUAAAAGAAACAGAAAAUUCAUCACAGAAAUCACACUGACCGCGUGGUUUUAUCAAAAACAACAAAUGGCUGAGCUUGAGCAAGCGGUGAAAAAGAUCGACGCAAAGCUCCGAAUGUUGAAAUUCACGACCGAAGAAGUACCGAGAAUUCGAGAGAAGAAAGAACUGAAAGCGUUAGAGCGAUUGCAAAAGGAUUUGGAAAAACAGCUAGACGGCGUUCAUGAACAGAAGGUUCAAAUACAAGCGCUAAAAAUAGAGCAAGGAGACGACCCGAACGACGUGAGAGAAUGGACAUUGGAAAUCGAAGGGCAAGUCGACGUAUUCGAAAAACUCGCCGAUAAUGUGAGAGUAGAGGCAAGGAAUCUACGAGAGGAGGCUUUACGCGAAUUGAGAGACGAGGAGGAAAAGAAAGAAGAGGAGAAAAGGAAUCGUCGUUACGAAGAAGAGUUGAAAUUCGAGGAGGCAAAAUUGAAGGUCAAACGCGACCACGAAAAGAAAUUAGAAGAGGAUCGAACCAAAUCUCUAAAGGAGAGUGGCGCCAAGUUACCCAAGUUAACCAUCACUAAAUUUCAAGGAACCCACCUCGACUGGUUGAGGUUUUGGAGCCAAUUCGAAACUGAAAUCGAUAAGGCUAGUAUUACACAAGUAGCGAAAUUUUCAUACCUCAAAGAGCUUCUCACCCCCAAAGUUCGUGCAUCGGUAGAUGGCUUGCCUUACAAUACAGAAGGCUACGGACGAGCUAAAAGCAUUCUGACAGCAAAGUACGGGAAACCGAGCGAAGUGUCCAACGCGCACAUGCAGUGUAUUAUUUCCUUACCCACCAUACAGGGAUCUCAGCCAGCAAAAAUACACCCAUUCUAUGAGAAGCUGUCAACUAAUGCUCAAGCACUGGAAACCAUGGGAAAAAUUCAAGAGAUAAAUGGCUACGUUCGAGUUACCUUGGACAAACUACCUGACAUCAGGGCUGACCUUGUCCGUUUGGACGACAACUGGCAAGAGUGGGGAUUUCCUCAGAUGUUAGAGUCACUUCGAAAGUGGUGCGAAAGAAAUCCGUUGCCUUCAUCCGAAGAACCAAGCAGUGGCAGAACCCUGCCGCCUAAAUCCCAAGACAAAUUGUUUAACUCGAGGCAAGACGAGUGGAAACCGAGACCAUGCGUUUAUUGCAAAUCUAGCGGACACAAGUCCCUCGACUGUGACAAGAUAGUGGGUGUGGCACAGAGAAGAAAGCACCUCAGUGAGAAAGGUUUAUGUUUCAACUGCACUGGUACCAAACACCGAGCUGCUGAGUGUCGUAUUGUGAGAAGUUGUCAGAAGUGCAACGGCAGACAUCAUACUUCAAUAUGUGACAGAGAUUCCCAGCAGAUGUUGCUAGCCACCAGUGAAGGAGCAGUCAUUUACCCAAUCGUGGUUGUCAAUGUGGACGGCGUAACAUGCCGCGCGUUACUGGACACUGGGGCGGGAAGCUCGUAUGCCUCAGCAGCACUUGUCAAACGACUUGGAAAGCAACCGUCAAGAAUAGAGCACAAGAGAAUUGACAUCAUGAUGUGUUCGACAAACCAGAAGAUUCAACAAUACAACGUUAAGAUUGCAAACACCCAUGGGAGUUUCGAGAUGGCAACCACAGUGAGCAAAGUCGAUAAAAGUGUCCUACUGUCGGUGCCCAACCCAAGAUAUUCGGAAAAGAUCAACAAGUUCACCCACCUCGAAGGAGUAGUCAUGGAUGAUGGAGACACGAAAUCGGAACUACCCAUCCAUCUGAUACUGGGGGCUAGUGAAUACUCGCGGAUAAAGACCGACACAAAACCAAGAAUUGGAAAGGCCGGAGAACCCAUAGCUGAGCUAACCACUUUAGGCUGGACAAUGAUGUCGGCCGGAAAGGAAGCACACCUGAGCAGUGUUUAUCUCACCAGAACGUCGUCCACUGAUUACGACCAGCUGUGUAGUCUUGACGUGUUGGGCCUUGAGGACAGGCCAAAUGGUGAUCAGCAAACAGUGUACGACGAUUUUAAAGAGCAACUCAGACGAAGCGAUGAAGGAUGGUAUGAGACGGGGCUACUAUGGAAACAUGGUCAUGAUCUCCUCCCAAACAACGAGUGUGGAAGUCUACGAAGACUCGAAAGCCUGAUAAAGAAAUUACAGAAAGAGCCCAACCUUCUGGCCCAGUAUGACGAAGUCAUUCAAGAUCAGUUGGCGAAAGGGAUCGUAGAGAAGGUGUCUUCAGACCCAGUGGGAAGAGAGUUCUACAUCCCACACAAGCCUGUCAUCAGAGAGUCAGCAGAAUCCACCAAGCUGAGAAUCGUGUUCGAUGCGUCAGCGAGAUCAAAUGAGAAGAGUCCCCCCCUUAACGAUUGUUUGGAGACGGGGCCACCCCUUCAGAACCUGCUGUGGGAUGUGCUAAUAAGAAACCGUCUGAUCUGCCAGUGGCGUUGGCAGGUGACCUUAAGCAGGCCUUCCUGCAAGUACGUAUUCGACUAGAAGAUCGAGAUGCUUUAAGAU